AUGGGGGACUCUCUACGACCGGCCUCCGCCGACGAAGUUCCAGGGCCGUGGGAUGUCCUGCCCCAUGGCUUGGGUAGCUCCAGGCUACUAUUUUUCCCUGUCUCGAAAGCCGUCCCAAAGCCUACGGCCAAACUAGCCACCCAAGAGCCUCCUGGUCGCAGUGAAACUACAGACCCUGUUACUGCGGACCUGCUUAACGAACCCAAAACCGAGGAGCAGUUAGAGCAAAAAGUCAAGUUAGGGGUAGGUGAAGAUGGCAAAGAAGCGAAGCUUGAGGACUCCAAAGCCCUAAAGAGUGGUGUCGACACGUCUACGGAUGUUCUUCACAAAGUCAAAGAUCUAGUGGACGCCGAUGAAAAGCUCCAAAAUAAUGUCAAGAAAUCUAAGAAUCGAUAUGGAGUGGACCACCAGAACUCGCCUUUCCCUCAUCACGUCAUGCCGACCCCGCAAGCUUGCGAGGAAGUGCAUCGGCUAUUGACGGGAAAGCAUGGAAAGGUCACGCAGCCCGCAACCAUUCCUCGGCCAUCAUUGGAGGUUACUGGCUGUGGCGAGGUACCGGAUCUUAUUGAUUCACUUCUCAGAACGUUACUGAGUGCAGCAACUACCUCGAAUAACUCAAACAAGGCUUUCCAAAGUCUCAAAGAUACAUUUGGCAUGAAAAAUGACACCGCCAAUUGGGAAGCUGUGCACAAAGCUGAAGUUGGGAAGGUCAUUGAUGCAAUUAGAUGUGGUGGUCUUGCUGUUGUAAAAGGAAACAACAUCAAGAAGAUCCUGGACAUUGUUCACAAGAAAAAUUGUGAUCGUCGCGACGCCCUUUUAGAGGAGAAGAAGACUGGGGUAGCAGCCAACAUUCCGGGGCUGGAUGACCUGACCCAGCAACAAAAAGACACUGAACUCGCCAGGUUCGCGGAAAACCCUCUAUCACUAGACUGGGUGCUCGACUUAAAGGAGGAUUGGCAGGCCAUGGAUGAAUUGGUGAAGUUGCCUGGCAUCGGCAUCAAAACAGCAUCAUGUGUUCUAUUGUUCCGCUUACAGCGCCCAAGUUUUGCUGUUGAUACUCACGUUUGGCGCCACUGCAAGUGGCUUGGUUGGGUACCUCCAAAGGCCACUAGAGAUCAGACUUUCAAUCACUGCAACCUCCGCGUCCCGGACGAGUUGAAGUAUUCCCUCCACCAAUUGUUCAUCGCCCAUGGCAAAAACUGCUUUCGCUGCAGAGCAAAUACAAGCGCCGGCACUGAGGAGUGGGAUAAAUCGAAGUGCCCGAUCGAUCACCUCCUCAAUAGAUCAGAGAAGAGAAAACAGCCCAAAAAUGAACCAUGGGUCGAUGAAAGCAAGGCUAUUAGUAUGGGGAGGUCUCAUGCCAAAAAGCGCAAGAACGCCGACGAUAUAGAGGAGAGUGAUUUUGAGGUGGCGACAGUUAAGUCAAGCAAGCGUGUCAAGGGGCCGGCAAAGAAGAGGACGAAGAAGUCCAAGUCGGAAAGCGACAAGCUAGAUGAGGAUGAGGGCGAAUCAUUAGCCAAUGAAGUCAAAGUUGAUGUAGCCAAACGAUCCCGCGCUAAAAAGAGCAAGAAUGCCGAUGGCACAGAGGGAAGUGAUUUCGAGGUCACCACUACCAAUUCAGUCAAGAGGGGUAAGGCGGCAGCCAAAACAAUAAAGCGUGGCAAGACUCCAAGAAGAAAGCAGCCAGCGAAGACGAAGAAAUACAAAAUAGAUAAUAGCGAUCUACCAAUGGAUAAUUCCGAUAUCGAAAUGGCCGAGGAAGAAGCACUAGAAGACGACGAGGGAAGUAUCUAUGAGGCAACGGAGGAUGAAGGAUCCGAGUACUGUGACUGA